AUGUCCGAGACGUACGACUUUCUCUUUAAGUUCCUUGUGAUUGGCAGCGCCGGGACAGGGAAAUCCUGCCUUCUUCAUCAGUUCAUUGAGAACAAAUUUAAACAGGACUCCAACCACACUAUCGGCGUAGAAUUUGGUUCCAGAGUGGUCAAUGUCGCCGGGAAGACGGUCAAGCUGCAGAUUUGGGACACUGCCGGCCAGGAGCGCUUCCGCUCUGUGACGCGCAGCUACUAUCGCGGAGCAGCCGGAGCACUUCUUGUCUAUGACAUUACCAGCCGAGAGACGUACAACGCCCUGACCAACUGGUUGACAGAUGCACGAACACUAGCGAGCCCUAACAUUGUCAUCAUCCUGUGUGGCAACAAGAAGGACCUGGAGGCAGAGCGAGAGGUUACAUUUCUGGAGGCGUCGCGCUUUGCUCAAGAGAACGAGCUGAUGUUCUUGGAGACCAGCGCGCUGACAGGGGAGAACGUAGAAGAGGGAUUCCUCAAGUGCGCUCGCACCAUCCUCAACAAGAUCGACUCAGGAGAGUUGGAUCCAGAAAGGAUGGGCUCAGGCAUCCAGUAUGGGGAUGCGUCGCUGAGACAGCUGCGACAACCGCGAGGCAGCACCACACAGAACAAGCAGCAGUGUAGUUGCUAG